AUGAGCCCUUCGCCUCCGAAGAAAAAGGCUGGCGGGCCCGUCUCUGCGCCUCGCCAGAUUCGGUUUGUCUCUGCUGACGGACAGCCCCAGACAAAGCGUCGCAGAGUGAAUGCCGCGCGCAAAAUUCGAUGCUCGGGCGAGCAACCAGUGUGCAAGACCUGCUCCGAGAAUAAGCACAUGUGUCUAGGAUACAAUGAUACGCCCUCGCAUUCUCGCCCACCUCCCAAUCCCGCAUCGCGUCCUCAGGUAAUUUUCCAUGCCGAUCCGGGGCCGGCCCAGCAUAGUACUACGACCGAGGGAAGCUGUUCCCCGGAGCCCCCCAGAACAACCGUGUCUCGCGGCGUUCCUGGUCGACCGUCAUACACGAACAAAAGCGCCGCAUCAUAUUAUGGAAAUAAAGAUGUGGAUGCUAUCGAUCUAGGAGACAGUCCAGAAAGCGGCCGGACUUCGGUGGGCUCAAGUAACCGGACGCAUGUUCCGUACUUUCGUUAUUUUGGCCCAACUGCAAUCGUACCGGGCUUCAAACAAAUGGUCGUCCAAGUUCGAGGUUCGCGUAAGAGCAACGCUUCGAUGUCAUCAGAGUCGCUCUCUCCACUUCGAAGUCCCAAACAGCCCCACACUUUCGUAAACCUGGAGACCGGACUUGCUCCACGAGUGAACCGUGACGCCAAUACGAUUCCAUUCUACGAGCGGGACGACACUCUGCCCGUCUCUAAUCUGGUGUCCCAUUUAUGUGAACUAUUCUUCACACACCUCGGCUGCAGUUUUCCGUUUCUGCAACGGACUCGCUUUUUACAGGAUUUGAGGGACAAGAAGAUUGAAUCUAUGUUGGUAGAUGCAGUCUGUUCUCUCGCAGCCAGAUUUUCCCAACAUCCAUUGCUCGGGCCUCCACAGGCGCCCUCAAUCGAUGGCUCUGAACCCUCUGUGAAGGCAAAUCUCUGUGACCGAGGAUUGCCUUUCGCUCAUCGCGCAAUGAACGCACUCGUGGAUGCGCUUCCUUGUCCAACGCUAUCGGCUGUUCAGGCGUGUCUAUUGCUGGCGUACGAGCAAUUCGGGUCCAACCACGACAGCGGUCUUUGGAUGUAUCUUGGCAUUGCGAUUCGCAUGGCACAGGAUCUGGGCCUGCAAAAAUUACAGGGGCUCAACUACAACUAUGGUCAAAAAGGGGUUACUCCGCGUGCCGUUGUGACAGGACAAGCGAAUCAUGUGACGGAAGACCAGUACGACGACUGGGGCUCUGGACCGAACACUGACGCAACAUCGCCAACUACAAGUGCUCAACGGGCUCAAGAACGCGGAAGAGUGGAUACUUUCUGGAGCAUAUUCUUCCUUGACCGCGUCAUCUCCUCCGGAACAGGCCGGCCAGUCACUCUGCGUGAUGAAGAUAUUGAGCUGUGUUUCCCCCUUCAGUCCGAGUCUCGCCUACCCAAUGGCUGGCCGGCGCCAUUUCCCCCUCUCAUCCGUAUUAUCCACUUGUAUGGCAGAGUAACCGAUUUGAUCAAUGGUAUCCAAAAUACAAAUCACAUCACUUCGGAGACGCUCAAGCAUCUGGCGAAUAUGGAAAGCGAUUUGACCGGCAUUUACCAAGGGUUGUCGCCCCGACUCCAUUUCAAUGCUGCCAAUUUCCAGGCCUAUGUCAAAGCCAAGGAAGGGACCAAUUUCAUCCUCUUGCAUUUUUGGUUCCACACCUUGAUUGUCCUUCUUCACCAGCCUACUCUCCUCCAUUCUUUUGGUGGUUCAAUACAACAUCUCUACCCUAACAGCCGGGAACUUUCAAUGUCAUCGGCUAAGACGAUUGCAGACAUCUUGUCCUUCUCGGAGCUGGUAGAUGGGAAGAGUUUCAUUGGCAACCCUUUCACCAGCCAGCCAAUGUACAUUGCCGCAUGUGCCUUUUUGAUGGAGAGCGCCUAUUACUCGUCCCCUUCAUCAAGAGCAGCUUCACCGGUUCCGACUCAAUCCUUGCUUGCGGGCAAGAACGGCGGGUUCACCGUACCUUCAGGGAGCUCCUCGUCAAUGCCACUGCGCAAUUCAAGCGCCAAGCACAGUCUUUUGGCAACUGCAGCAAAAGAGAAUUAUCAGCGCUGCUACAAAGCGCUCCAAGCACUUGAUGUGUAUUGGCAAGGCACAGGGUAUAUUCUAACUGUGCUUGACCAAAAGGCCAAGGGUAUUGUCGAUCCGCUUCUCUACACCGCCGAAGAGAUGGAAAGUACUGUGGAAUUGCCUCCGCCGCAGAUCGCAGGCUCGGAAGGCUACAGUGCCAGAAAAUCCCGCCUCGGUCAUGAGACUGAUAAGGGGUUACCGAAUGGGCUCGAUGAUGACGGGCAUCGGCAUUCUUCGUCUCAGGUUGAUUCCUCGCAAGCAAUCGGUUGGGCCCUGACCGGAGCGACCAAUUCAUCGCAGCCGAACCUGAGUCUGCUGUACCAGAUGCCUUCCAGCCAAGCUGAAACUGCGCCUGACAGAACGACUCGUGCUUCACAGUACAGCCAUGAGAGCUUGACUUUACCAACCCCAGCACAGUCAUCUGGAACUGCAUCUGGCGUACCUUCGUCCCGGAACAACCCUGGUCCACAAGUUCCGCAAAACAAUCACUCAAACUACUAUAUGGGAAUGGACUCGACAUUCCCUGCAGCGACUGGGGCCUCUGCGGUGGCUCGCUAUAGCACUUCUGUACCGGCCAAUCAGACCUCAUCUCAUGGCUACAACGUGACUGGUUCGCAGAACCAACACAGACCUGAUUUUCUUGCAGAUUCCAGGCCCAACCAUAUGACUACCAUGCACGACGUCCACAACGGUAACAUGGUGAUCGAAAGUCAUGAUGUGGACAUGAACGCUUUACAGCAACAAGAGUCUUUUCCAUUCUCCAGUAAUGAGAUACUACCGUGGUUGGAGUACCUCCCGCAAGAUGUCCUCAGCUUCUUCGGGGAGACUCAGACUUUCCCGAACGACGACAUCUGA